AAGAAAGGAAGAAGAAGGGAGCAGCAGUCAAUAGAAUGCCUUCACUCAUCGGCGACAUCAUUUUUGCGCUGUGUAUUGUAUUGCCGUGCGCAUACCUCUUCCAUCUCGUUUCCCGUAAAACCAGCAACCUCCCACCGGGGCCGGUGAGUUGGCCGCUCGUCGGUUCUCUGUUGCAACUCCGCGGCUUGCCAAACGAGGCACUCGCAAGGCUCUCUAAGCAGUACGGCCCACUAAUGACGGUGUGGCUGGGGUGCAAAGCCACCGUGGUCGUCUCCUCCGCCGAGAUGGCCGAGGAGGUAAUGCACCGGCAGAAACACGUGCUCUCCGGCCGAGUCUCCCCAGACGUGGCCACGGCCUUGGGUUACGACCAGCACUCUUUUGUGCUCAGUCAGGUCGGGCCAAGAUGGCGGGAGCUGAGAAGGAUGUCCAACAGCGAACUGUUCACGCCAAGGCGUCUGGAUGGACUGAAGGGCCUCCGGGAGGAGAAGGUCCGAACCCUCCUCCAGCACGUCCGCGAGGCGUCCACCCAUGGGCGCGCUGUUGAUAUCCACGAGUGCGUCUUUGCCACCAGCCUGAACUUGAUUGCCUGCACGCUCUUCUCUCAAGACAUGGUCGAUCUCGGCUCGGAGUUAACGCCGGGAAGUUUCAAGAGCAUCUUGUUCGAGAUGUUUGAAAUAUGCUUAAAGCCGAACCUCUCCGACUUUUUUCCGGCCCUCAGGUGGAUCGAUCCUCAGGGCCUCCGGCGACACAAUGGAAACGCUCUAACUCGAGUGUACGCGAUCCUCGAUGAAUUGAUCGAUAAACACUUGAGGGCCUAUGAAGCUGCGGCUGCAAAAGGAGAAGCCAAAAAGAACGAGGAUUUCCUGGACGUUCUCCUGGAGCUCACUAGGGAUCCAAACUCAGGAUUCACCAGAGAAAACAUCAGGCCCUUGUUAUUGGACCUGUUCAUGGCCGGCAGUGAGACUAGCAGUAACACCAUAGAAUGGGCAAUGACAGAGCUGCUUCGCCAUCCAGACAAGAUGGCUGCAGCUAGGUCCGAGCUAAAACAAGCCAUAGGUGCAUCCAACUUUGUGAAAGAGUCGGACAUCAUGCACCUCCCUUACUUAGCGGCAGUCAUGAAGGAGACGCUGAGGUUACACCCGCCCGCGCCACUCAUACCACGAAGGGCAGAUGCAACUAUGACGUUAGGGGGCUUCACCAUCCCCAAGCACUCACAAAUGCUCAUAAAUGUGUGGGCGCUCGGCAGUGAUGACACAUUGUGGGAUAAACCCACAUAUUUUUUGCCAGAGAGGUUCAUAGAAUCAGAUGUAAACUUCAAUGGAAAGCAUUUCCAGUUCAUGCCUUUUGGUGCUGGAAAGAGGAUCUGUCCAGGCAUUCCUCUGGCUUCCCGCAUCGUUCUUCUGGUGUUGGCUUCUCUGAUCAACUCAUUUUCAUGGACGCCUUCUCCAGAGGAAGUUGAUGUGAAGGCCAAGUUCAGGUUGGUACCCCAGAAGGCGAUUCCUCUGAAAGCAUUCGCUUCUCCAUUAACGGAGAUGUAGAUGGUGGCACUAAUGUAGUUAUAUAUAUAUAUCCAAAGUCCAGUUUGAUAAGCUAUAGUAUGAAUAAGAUGUGACUGGACGUCGACGUAUGUAUUUCCUAAACGCUUACACA